CACUUGGCCGCGCGGCUCCCCGAGCGCAGCCGGCAGCGCGGCACUGCCGAGCCGGACCCGAGGGACACCCCUGCUCUUCUGUCAUCUGUUGCAUCUGCUCCCAAGUCCGACUCUUGGCUCCUUGUCCACAGCUUUCACUCUCCGUCCAUCAGCAUCUCCAGACCUGCCCUGCCCGGGAGCGCCGGAGCGCCCGAAGCGGACCCCUGUCCCCGGCACGGCGCUGACGCUGAUCCUGUGCCUCCAGCAUCGCUGGGCAGCCUCUGCUGAACAGGAUGACUCAGUGGUAUCAGCUGCAGCAACUUGAUUCCAAGUUUUUGGAGCAAGUUCACCAGCUAUAUGAUGACAGCUUUCCUAUGGAGAUCAGGCAGUACCUGGCACAGUGGCUGGAAAACCAGGACUGGGAACAUGCCGCCAGCAAUGUCUCAUUUGCUACGCUGUUAUUCCAUGACCUGCUGUCACAGCUUGAUGAUCAGUUCAGCAGAUUCUUGAUAGAAAACAAUUUUUUGCUGCAGCACAACAUAAGGAAAAGCAAACGUAAUCUUCAGGAUAACUUCCAAGAAGACCCGAUACACAUGGCAAUGAUCAUCUACAACUGUCUGAAAGAAGAGAGAAAAAUACUGAACAGUGCCCAGGCGUCGAAUGAGAUGGAAGUAGGGAAUGUACAGAACACUGUGAUUGGGAUGCUGGACAAACAGAAGGAGCUUGAUGCCAAAGUUAAGGCUAUAAAAAGCAGUGUUACAGAUGUGGAGCAGGACAUCAAGGCAUUAGAGGAUAUGCAAGAUGAGUAUGACUUCAAAUGUAAAACCCUGCAGAAUAGAGAACACGAGUCCAGUAAUAUGUCUCAGGAGGAGUACAAGAAAGAACAGCUGAGUCUCCAGCAGAUGUUCUUAAACCUGGACCUCAAGAGAAAGGAGGUGGUGAAUAAGAUAGUACAGCUGCUGCACAGCACAGAGCACACACAGACUGCCCUUAUUAAUGAUGAGCUGGUGGAGUGGAAGCACAGGCAACAGACAGCAUGCAUUGGUGGGCCACCCAAUGCCUGCCUCGACCAGCUGCAGAACUGGUUCACCACUGUUGCUGAAAGUCUACAGCAAGUUCGUCAGCAGCUUAAGAAGCUUGAGGAACUGGAACAGAAGUUUACCUACGACCCUGAUCCCAUUACAAAAAAUAAACAAUUUCUGCAGGACCUAACGCACACUCUUUUCAAACAACUCAUCCAAAGCUCCUUUGUGGUGGAGAGGCAGCCUUGCAUGCCAACACAUCCUCAGAGGCCACUAGUCCUGAAGACAGGAGUACAGUUUACUGUGAAGCUGAGAUUGCUGGUGAAACUGCAGGAACUGAACUACAACUUGAAAGUGAAAGUUUUAUUUGAUAAAGAUGUAACUGAGAAGAACUCAGUCAAAGGGUUCAGGAAAUUUAAUAUUUUGGGAACAAACACAAAAGUAAUGAACAUGGAAGAAUCUACCAAUGGAAGUCUAGCAGCAGAAUUCAGGCACUUGCAACUGAAAGAACAGAAAAAUGCAGGGAGCAGAACAAAUGAGGGUCCUCUCAUUGUAACAGAAGAGCUUCACUCUCUGAGUUUUGAGACGCAGCUGUGCCAGCCUGGUUUGGUAAUAGACCUAGAGACCACAUCCCUUCCCAUUGUUGUGAUCUCAAAUGUGAGCCAGCUUCCCAGUGGAUGGGCUUCUAUCUUGUGGUUCAACAUGCUGUCUACUGAUCCCAAGAACUUGUCCUUCUUUCUGAAUCCGCCUUGUGCAAAGUGGUCUAAGCUUUCUGAAGUUCUGAGUUGGCAGUUUUCUUCUGUAACAAAGAGAGGACUUAAUGCAGAUCAGCUGAGCAUGCUGGGAGAGAAGCUUCUUGGGCCAACAAACGGAGGAUCUCAGGAUGGCCUUAUUCCUUGGACAAGAUUCUGCAAGGAAAACAUAAAUGAUAAAAAUUUCCCCUUUUGGCUGUGGAUUGAGGGAAUCCUGGAGCUUAUUAAGAAACAUCUCCUGUGUCUCUGGAAUGAUGGCUGCAUCAUGGGUUUCAUCAGCAAAGAGAGAGAACGUGCUCUACUGAAGGACCAGAGCCCAGGAACAUUUUUACUGAGAUUCAGUGAAAGCAGCAGGGAGGGAGCAAUCACCUUUACUUGGGUAGAGGGAUCUCAGAAUGAGCUCCAGUUCCACUCAGUAGAACCCUACACCAAGAAGGAGCUCUCUGCUGUGACUUUCCCUGAUAUCAUCCGCAAUUACAAAGUGAUGGCAGCUGAAAACAUUCCUGAGAACCCGCUGCGAUUCCUGUACCCGAACAUACCCAAAGACAACGCCUUUGGCAAAUACUACUCCAGGCCUAAGGAGGCACCAGAGCCAAUGGAUUUGGAUGGUCCCAAGGGAAACGGCUACAUCAAGACUGAGUUAAUCUCUGUAUCUGAAGUCCACCCUUCCAGGCUCCAGUCUCCAGAAAACCUGCUCCCCAUGUCUCCCGAGGAGUUUGAUGAGGUGUCUCGGAUGGUGGACCCAGCAGACAUUGAUACUGUGAUGUGUACACACAUUCAGCUCUGAGCUUUGGCUGAGUUUUCCCUGCGUCAUUAGCACGGCCGAUUCGCUUCACACAUCCUGUGCUGUAGUCAAUGCCUUGGGGACACACUUCACUUCCUUGGUUUCUCAACCUGAAGGUGCAGUAGCAAUUUUAGCUAAUGGGAGUAUCAACAGCAGCAGCCUGAGUAGCCUCCUUACGUGCAUAUCUUUGUUUAAUUAGCAAGAUACCGUGCCAGAGUGGAGGAAGAGCAGGAUGGGAAUGUGAGCUCCUCAAUGACAGUGAUAGGAGAAACGUGCAUUCAUUGUUUAAAGGAAUUAGUUAAACAUUUAAAACAGUUGACUGUACACAGGAGGCUUCAAAGAAAAGCUGGUUCUUUUGCAGAGGUUCUGUUCAGAAAGCUUACACCUUCAAUUUUUGUCUGCAAAACACUCUACAGCUACAUGCCCCACCAAAUCCCUGUGCUGCUGAAGUUUGUUGUGCUUUUAGUUUUUCUGGGCAUGGCACUUUGAGAGAGCAAAAGCACAAAAUGUUACCUGCAUUUCAUUUCUGCAGUUUUCCUAAGGCUUAAUCUUGUGUAGGAUGUUUCACACAAUCUCUCUCAUAAAAAGCAUUUCUUAGGACACCACCUUCAAGCUGCAUUGGCAUAUGCUGAGCUUGCAACCCAAGGUGUAUAAUCAAGACUAAAGCCUCUGCAGACUGGAGUCAUAAGACAAAAUGAGAACCUACUCUUAAAGAGUGCAAAAGGAAUUGAAGUAUGUUUUUGUUAACUGUGCUUAGUCUGCCGAGGCUGGGAUCUGGUCACUCCUAACUUUUGCCAUAAUACAGACCCCAUUUAGGUUGUAACAGGGGGAAUGGAACUCAGUUUUCUCGUGCAUUAUGAACCAGGGCAUUUAUUUAACUGUUAAUUUGAAUAGCUAAAAGCUUCUACAGGCUUUGCUAAUGAAGUGGGUUUGUAAUUAGGGGUAAGGCACAGGAGGGUGAAGAAGUUACAGUUUAUCCAGAGCAGUGGCUGCAGGAUAUGCAGUGUGCAGUACUUAAAGGAUGAAGCUGUGCUUCCACUAGAGGAGGAACAGGUUUGUUUCUCAGCAGGUUGGAAGGUAAUUAACAACUCAAGAGGCGAGGCUGUUCUAGGCAGCUGGUCUCUCCCUUUAAGGGGUACCUAUUAGUGCAGGCUGCUAAUUAGCAUGGAGCUGAGCAGAGGGGCUGCAGAGCACUCGUGCUGCACCCCACCUGUCCAGGGACAGGAACAGGGCACCCAUUGUGGGGGCCCUCCCUGCCUGAGCAGGGGCUUGGACAAGGUGACCUCCCAAAGCCUCUCCAGACCCAUCAGCUGCUGUUUGGGAAGUAGAGGACUGGUUCAGUUUGGUGUGUUGUGCCCAAGACAUCUGAUGUGCCCCCUGCAAAAGCUUCAAAGAAAAAUUAAAGGACCUAGAGCAGGUAACACAUGUAUUUAAAUGAAAGCAUUGCCAACACAAGAAUUUAAAUAAAAGCCAAACUGACUUAUUUUUGGUGCCCUGGGUUACUGAGAUUAACAGUGCUACAGGAAAUAGCAAGUGGUGACUUAAUGCCUUUAUCUUGCUGUAACUAGCUGAAUGUGCAGCUGUUGCUAAUACAAAAACCAAGUUACUUGUUUUUUGAGCUAUGCUUUGUAUUCAUGUUCUACAUCUUAUUACUUUUAUACUUCAGUUUUGUGAGAGUUAAAGCAGUGGCCUUAUUCACAGGUUGGUCCUUCCAGAGCCGGUAGGUCUGGAGGCAGUGAUUUUUCCUCCAUAGAAUAUUCUUAUAUAUGUUUUAAAUAAAUGGAACUGCUAGUUGCCA